UGACCAGGGUUCACGGAGGAAGGAACCGAGUGACAUCCCAAGGGUUGCAUAAACUCCCAGGCCGCCAAAGAGGACAGAUACUGUGGAACCUAGAAACCAUUGAGUGCCUCUGUAUAGGAAAGAAGCCGGAGCCCUUCCCCGAGCCCGCUGGAACGUAGAGGCUCGAAGCACCGAUUGACCAUGAUAUGCACACCCUGCUUGCUGCUGCUGCUGCUGCCGCCGGUGCUGUGCGUCUCUGAGACCUCACUAGAGCCCUGCGAAGUAGAUGACGACGAUUUCCGCUGCUUCUGCAACUUCACGGAUCCGCAGCCCGACUGGUCGAGCGCAUUCCAGUGUAUGAUUGCCGUCGAGGUGGAGAUCCACGGCGGCGGCCGCAGCCUGGAACAAUUUCUAAAGGGCGCAGACGCGGACCCAAAGCAGUACGCUGACAUGGUCAAGGCCCUGCGUUUGCGGCGGCUCACCGUGGCCUCUGCACAGGUUCCUGCUGUGCUGGUGACCGCCUUCCUGCGGGCGCUGGGGUACUCCCGCCUCAAGGAACUGACGCUCCAGGACCUGGAGGUAACCGGCACGCCGCCGCCGCCGCUUCUGGAAGCCACUGGGCCUGCGCUGUCCACCCUCACCCUCCGGAACGUGUCGUGGGCAACGGGAAGUGCCUGGCUCGCCGAACUGCAGCGGUGGCUGAAGCCGGGCCUCAAGGUACUGAACAUCGCGCAGGCACACUCGCUUGCUUUUUCCUGCGCACGACUCCGCACCUUCCCGGCGCUCACCACCUUAGACCUAUCCGACAAUCCCGGACUGGGAGAGCACGGACUGACUUCGGCUCUCUGUCCGCAGAAGUUCCCGGCCCUCCAGGCUCUAGUUUUGCGCAACGCGGGAAUGGAUACGCCGAACGGCGUGUGCGCGGCGAUGGCGGUGGCGGGUGUGCAACCCCGCCACCUAGACCUCAGCCACAACUCGCUGCGCGCUACCGCCCCAGGCGCUCCUGCGUGUGUCUGGCCCAGCGCCCUGGACUCUCUCAACUUGUCCUUCUCUGGGCUGGGGCAGGUGCCUAAGGGACUACCCGCCAGGCUUAGCGUGCUUGAUCUUAGGUGCAACAAGCUGAACAGAGAGCCUCGGCUAGAAGAGCUGCCUAAGGUGAGUAACCUGACACUGGACGGGAAUCCCUUUCUGGACCCCGAAGCUCCCAAGUACCAAGAAAACCCGACGACGUCUGGCGUGGUCCCAUCCUGUGCGCGUUCGGGCCUGGCGGUGGGGAUGUCAGGAACUCUCGCGGUGCUUCAAAGGGUGGGGGGCUUUGCCUAAGGCCCAGGAGAGACGAAUGAAUUGCCUCAGAUUGCCCUGCUUCCAGCAAAGCCUUAUCAGGACGUUUUAACCAACCAACCUGCAGCCCUAUCUUCAUUAAAAUCUGGAACAACGAUCCGUGUCAUUCACUCGACGGGUGGGUACUGGGUGUCUGCUGGGGCACAGUGCUGGAUGUGGAAUCCAUUAUAUUUAGACUUCUUUCAUCCUAAUUCCCUAGAAACCUAAGAAUAGAAUUUAGAGGACAGAAGGGGCAGGGAAUGUUGCCUGUCUAGGCUGUGGUGAGAAACGGGGGUUUCUGUGCAGUUGGGCUUUCUGAGAUUACUUGCACCUGUGUUAAAGUUUAAAAGAGGGGCGCCUACCCGGGAUCGAAUCCCACGUCGGGCUCCCGGUGCAUGGAGCCUGCUUCUCCCUCUGCCUAUGUAUCUGCCUGUCUCUCUCUGUGUGUGUGACUAUCAUAAAUACAAAUUAAAAAAAAAAAAAGAGGGGCGCCUGGGUGGCUCAGCGGUGGAGCGUCUGCCUUUGGCUCAGGCUGUGAUCCCGGGGUGCCAGAUUGAGUCCCACAUCGGGCUCCUGCAUGGAGCCUGCUUCUCCCUCUGCCUGUGUCUCUGCCUUUCUCUCUCUCUCUGUCUCUCAUGAAUGGGUAAAUAAAAUCUUUAAAAAAUAAAUAAAUAAUAAAGUUUAAAAGACUUUUUGUUUGUUUGUUUAAAAAGAUAUUGAAUGAAUGGUAAACAUGCUUAGGAAAAUACAGGAUAUUUCUUCUCUGGUGCACUUUCCAAGAGCCAUCUGCUCCCUCUUUCAAAGCAGAGUUAUCUGCUUAUUCUCCCUCUUUCUCUCUCCCACUACCCAGAGAGAGAAGGGACAACUCUGCCAUCUGUCCUACAUAAGUUGUGAGUUUCAUAAUUUCAGGGUUUCUCUUCUGCUGUGUAAAGCCCCUCUGCGCAUCCAGGUACCCUGGCUUUCACUGUGUCAUCUAAUAGAGAAUGUGGACAUGGAGGGCUGUUGGAAGAUGCUGUCAUUAAACAGUCUAUCU